CUUCCUAAUUUUCCAGGAGGCCAACUAAUCCUCUGAAAAAAACCAGUAUUUAACAGGUCGAAUCCUUCGGAUUCCUUAACCCAGGAAGCCAUGGCAACUUCUCCAAGCUUGGUCUUUUACCCAAUUCUGUUCCUUCUCCUUGUCGUACCUUGCUAUGCAGCUGAUCCUGAUCCAUUACAGGACUUCUGUGUCGCGGACCUCAAUUCCUCUGCCUCUGUCAACGGCUUUCCCUGCAAACCCAGCUCCGAGGUGACUUCCGGCGACUUCUUCUUUGACGGGUUCACAAAAGAAGGAAACACGAGAAAUAUUUUCAGGGCGAGUGUUACACCAGGAAAUGUUCUCUCAUUCCCAGGGCUAAACACUCUCGGGAUAUCAAUGAACCGAGUCGACUUUGCACCAGGAGGGCUCAACCCUCCUCACUCCCAUCCUCGUGCCACCGAGACAGGUGUGGUCGUGCAGGGGAAGCUCCUUGUGGGGUUCGUGACGACGAGCAACGUGUUCUACUCGAAGGAGGUUGGUCCCGGCGAGAUGUUCGUGAUUCCUAGAGGACUGGUUCACUUCCAGAGGAAUAUCGGAGAAGGGAAGGCACAGGCUUUCACUGCCUUCAAUAGCCACUUUCCUGGUACUGUGCUCGCUGCUUCUACUCUGUUUGCUGCAACUCCCACAGUUCCUAAUGAGGUCUUGACCCAAGCUUUCCAAGUCGAUGAGAAUGUGGUAAAUCAGAUCAAAUCAAAGUUUGGUUCCUGAAGUACGCGAUCCACAUGUAGACAUUUUUCAUUUCUUGUUUCAUUUAUGUACAUCAUGGAACAAGCAAUAACGCUCAAAUUCAUUAGAAUUUGACAAGUACAGCAUAUAAUACAACAGUACAAUAAUACGUCUCCUGAUA